AGAAAAAAAUCGGUUCAACAUGGCCGUAAAAAUAGUCCUUCUAAAAUGGGCUCUUCUGCUUCUUGCUGGAAACACUACCGCCGCUGUGUUCAACCCCGCCCCUGUCGGCUACUGGCCCUUGACGGCUGAAGCGAAGGGAGAUGACCUUUCGGGCAACGACAACCAUGCCACCCUCCAUGGAGUCACAUUCACCGACGGACCGACCCAAAGACCCAGGAGCGCUAUUCGCUUUUCCGGCAACUCCUCGUCCUAUUUCAGCGUGGGGAAAUCGACAACCAUGGACUUGAGCAAGCGUGACGGGUUCACACUCACGGGGUACUUGAAACUGCUCUCAGGGACUCAGGCGCCGAUUAUGGAGUGGCCGGGGAAGAGCUUGUCGUUCGGAUCGCUGGUCUGGGUGUGGCCCAAAAUGACUCUCCACAUUAGCAUAAUCGGGAGAGGUACUCCAGGACAUGUCUUUGAUAUGAAAUUCUCUCACGGUGUUUGGAUGUUCUUUGGCGUAUCAUACGACAAAUCGUCAAGAAAUGUGAUUGGUUAUUUGGAUGGGUUCACCCCGGAGACGCAGCUGGAAAGCACGAGCGCUGCGCCAGAUACCUCCGCGAGCCUUGUAAACUUCGGUAAACAAGUACGUUCAGCGUCUCUGAACGCAUCGAUGAGCUGCGUCAUGUUAUUCGACCGGGGUCUGACAGCAGACGACAUGAAGAGAGCAAAGACCUUCUGUGAUAAUAACAACAAUGGAGGACAAGGCGCCACGUUUGAAUUCCACUCCAAAGCGAAGAUUCCAUCUGGAAGCAUUCUGACGACGCACACAGACACCCCGACCAUAAUCAAGUGCAUGGACUUCUGUGCCAGGGACUCUCAGUGCGCGUCAGCCUCCUUCACCGACGCCAGCAAGACCUGCCUGACCUCAAGUGUGAACUAUUUCCUCCCCAAGGUGUCGCUCCCUGCCGACGACCGCUUUGAACUUUACUGCCUGACGCGACCAGUUUGA